GAAGAGCGUGUUUUCCUUUUAACUUUUUUGAGGUUAUGUUAUAUGUAUAAAAAUUUCAAAAUUUUCCAUAUAUUUUUAAAAAAACUGAAAAAUGGCAAAAUAUAUAGCCCAAAUAAUAAUAGCCGGUUCGCAAGUGAUCGGAAGAGCAUUCGCGAGAGCCUUAAAGCAAGAAAUAGAGGCGUCACAACAAGCGGCCCAAAGAUUGGGCAAUCAGAACAAUGCCAAAACCCGAAGCGAAAGAGUGGCAAAUCAAAAAUUAGGGCUUACUUUAGACGAGGCGAAACAAAUUUUAAAUAUAUCCAAAUUGUCGAAAGAAGAGAUUGAAGAAAGGUAUAACAGUCUCUUUAAAGCGAACGAAAAGGCCUCUCUAUAUCUCCAGUCAAAAAUUGUAAGAGCAAAAGAACGACUAGACCACGAACUCAAAAAUUCAGAUAGUAAAGAACAAACUACGAAAGAAGGUAGCAAUACGUAGUAUUUAAACAAAUUAGGAACAAUUUUAGUAGCAUUUGUGAUGUAUAUUUUCCAUUUUCCUCUUUUUUUUCUUGAAGACACUACCUAAUAUAUUGCUAAGUAGAUAAGUUGAAUUUUACUUGUUACAAAAAAACAUAUUAAAGUAUAAGUAAAACAAUGAAAUAUGAAAGCCAUAUUUAUUGCAAUAAAUAUCGAUAUGAAAAGUUGCUCUCUUCGUUUGCUUUUCUAAUACAGAAUAAGUAUUUUGUACCUUGUACCCACAUGUGUUCCCUUACAAAGGCACAAAUUAUAUUAUUCAAAUUAUUGUCCUUCAGGUCUUAUAUUAGACAAAUAUAAAAUUAUUUUCAAAACAACUUGGUUUUUCCAUAUAAUUUCAAACACUGUGUUUCAUAUUUGCUUAACACUUGCCUUUGCUCAAUAUUCAAUUCGGGAAUUUUGUGGCUUGGUUGAUUUUUAGUUUUUUGGCACCAAAGAUAAGUUUUGCCUUAAAAUAAAUUCCAAUUGAUUUAAGGAGAUAGUUGUUUAUAUUUUAGAUAUACCAUCAAGUAUACCAGCUUCCAGAUUUUUCAUAGGUUUUUUAAUAUUAAUCACUUCAUUAGCUGAACUAUCUGAAUUUGAACUAAAACCCUGAAAUGAUUGUUUUCUUAGAUUGGGUUCGAUUUCCCUUGAUAUACCCAUACCUUACCAAGACUAUUGAGACGAGUUAAAAACAUCCUUUGCAAAAAAAUGGCCAUUCUUGAAAACUGAAAAUUUUGGUCAUAAAAUAUAAUACUUUGAAAUACUUGUCAUCAAACAUGUCAAGGUCAAGUCCACUAUGAUUUUUUCAAAUUGUUCACAUGUUCUUAUAUUUUACUUAGUAAAAUUUUAUUUUGACUAAAGAAAAUAGUGCUAUUUAAGCCUAAUAAAUAUACAAAAUAUUCUUAACUAAACGCGACAACUUAAUUAAAAUUUUUUUUUUACUGUCUUAUUAUUGAAGUAUUUUCUUGUACUUCAGGACCCUUAUGGGUACCAUCACAGAAAGGUCUAUUUGCAGUAUGUUUACAGUUACACAACCAAUAGUCCUUGGUUUCUUCUACUACAAAUCU